AUGGCCGAAGUAGCAGCGGGCGCCGGCAUCGCCCUAGCCGCCGAAGAAGUCCUCUCAACCACACUGCAAGCCGGAGUAGCAACAUACUUCCUGACCAAGCCAACGCAGCCCCUCAGCGCGACUUUCACGCGCAUCGCCGUGGCGCACGACGAUGAGCUGCACAAGCGAUCGCUGAUCCGCUCUAACCACACCCUCACCAUCAUCGACUCCAAGGCCUACAUUUUCGGCGGCGAGACUGCCGACGGCGAGGUAGCAAGCAACGACAUGCAUGUCGUGAACCUGGCGCCUGGAGAGGAUCAAGUGUGGGAGUAUCAGCUGAUCCCUGCGCUUGCAAAGGAUGAAGGCGGUAGAGUGCCUCGUGGGAGGAUGAACCACGCGGCAUGUGCGUUUGAGGGCGGCGUGGUUGUAUAUGGCGGCACCUCCUCGACAGGCCAACCCGCCGACGACGGAGACGUCUGGCUAUACAGCCCUUCAGAGAAGAGCUGGUCGAUCCUCUACUCAUUUGCCUCAGACGGACCCGUCCUGCGUCAGGAGACCGAAGUGCGCAUCUUCCCUUCCGCAUCGUCCCUAAUUCUCCUCAUCGGCACCCCAACCGACGGCAUAUCCACCAUCUCAAAGCUAACGCCCUCCCUAUCCUCGGAAGCAACCUCAACUCCAAGUCCCUACGAGACUCUUGUUCCCCCACCUGCACCUACUUCUCCCUCCAACGCCAGCUUCCACAACAACUACCUCUACCUAAUCUCCUCUACCGACCCCAUGUCCUCCCAACUUCACACCCUGGCCGUGAAUUCCAAAGACCCUAAAUGGGCGACCCUAACCUUCCCCACCAACCCCUUGUCCCCGGCCCCAGAGCCCGCCAUGCAGGCGCCAUCCUUCCCCUCACCACAGGCUACGGAAGAAACUACCUCGUCUAUCUUCUAG